UGUUCUAGACUGGCAAUAGAAACUGAUCAACUGAUCUCCGAGGCAGUUGUUGACUGUUUUUACACUACUAUUUUUACAGUCUAUGGUUCCUGCAUGACACAGGACAGUCUGUAAAAAAUGUAGUUCAAACGUUGACCUGUGCAGGUCAGUAAAAGGCUUAGCAACGUUUACACUGCCGGAAUUAUAGGUCACGAAGAAGAAUCGCACGGAAAUUGCGUAGCUGUAUCCACUGCUGCACCAGCGUGCUGACGGUAAAGCACCCGGGAGCGGAAGUGGAGUGCAGUCAUGUGGCCUCUGGUUUGGACAGCGGUACGAACCUAUGCCCCUUAUGUCACCUUCCCUGUGGCCUUUGUGGUGGGGGCAGUGGGCUACCACCUGGAGUGGUUUAUCAGGGGGGCCCCUAAACCUCGAGAGGAGAAGAGCAUCCUGGAACUGAGGGAGGACAGGAAGCUGCAGGAACAAGAGGGCCUGGACAGCACCCAGGUGCUUAGCCUGAAAGAGAAACUGGAGUUCACACCUAGAGCAGCUCUGAACAGGAACAGACCGGAAAAGAGCUAACCCGUGUGGGUGUGUGUGUGUGUGUGAGAGACUUGCUUGUACUCUUUCUCAGCAGGAGGAUUAUUCAUUGGAGACAAAAGGGGGUGAACCAGAAGGAAAAAGCAUCCAUUCUUCCCAUUUACCUCAGCCAUACAUCCUCGCUAAUGCAUCAGCUUGCCUGUGUAAAUAUCUGCUACUAGAAGCUAGAGGGUAAUAAACAAAAAACAUGCAUUUGGUCUUUCACCAAGUCAGAUAUAGCUUAUAUAUGUGCAGUAUGUGAUUCUUUGACCUACACCUUGAUGUUGUACAUUGCCUGUUCUUGCAUUGAUCAUUAACUAAACUAAGACACUAUAAUUAAAACCCCUUAAAUAUG